AUGAAUAAAAAUUCUAUCAAACUGAUUCUCCAUCUAAAUUAUAAAAGACACAUCUACUGCCAAAAUAUGAAGUUUCUUGCGGGCUUUUUAAAGGGAAAGUGCAUGCAGUGUCUUGUGGAUGAUUACAAAUCAAUUGUAGAGAUAUGCUCGUGCGGUAUGGAGCUGUGCGAAAAGCACGCGUUCUUCCACGUAUUCGAGCAGCACAACCGAUUUCCCAUUGAGAUAUCUGAAGAGAAUAAUAGAAUGUAUGCUGUAAUAAGGACAAAAGACUGCUCAAUGAUCGAAGGGCUCCUGGAGAUCUUAAAGUGCAAGAGCUUGGCUGAAAUGUCCACACACUCGGCGAAAGAGUUUGGGCCGUGCAUGCACGUUUUCAGAGUGUUCAAGGAAAUGGCUAAAAUAGCCAACCAGAUAUCGCAGAUAGUUGUGUACUAUGCCUCCAGUGAGUGCUGCAUAUGCUCCCUCCAGGAGAACAAGUGGAUGUGCAUCGCGUGCGGUCUUGUUUUCUGCGGCAGAAAUAGACACAAUAUAAAGGGAUGCAGCCAUGCGUACAAACACUUUGAGAAGACACAGCACUCUUUGUUCAUCACUCUGGAUGAUUUUGACCCCGGUAAUUUGAAUAUGCUGGCUUUCUGCUGUUUCUGCAGCGUGUUCAUAAGAGAUGAAAUAAUCCACGAGAUAUUCAGCUGUAGAUACAUAGCAAGGAGCGGGUGUCUAUCGUGUGACAGUGUAGAUAUUGAAAAAGAAAAAGAAAAAAAAAGCUGUCAACUGUGCAGAGAGUUACACUUUAAUGCAGAGAAUUUUACUGCAGAAAAAAGAAGCCCUGAGCACGUUCUGUCCAUAGUGCAGGCUAUCUCCUUCUGCAUUCUCAGCUCUGGGAAUGUAAACAUUUUCAAUGAUCUUGUGAUAAAGGAGAGCAACUGCGAGUUUAAAAAUGCAGUGAAUGAAAUUCUUGCUAAAAUGAUGUCAAUGCACGCUCUCAGAGUGAACGGCUAUGUAUUUGUAGACCACAUUGAAGAGCUAGUCAACAGCUCAUUUGAAAGGUGCGACGACGACACACAGAUGGAUGCAGCAAGAUUCUUUAGGAACUUUAUGUCUCUUUUGAAAAGAAUUGAGACCGGCCCAGCUAGCAGAAAAAUAUCGAAUUUAUUCUACAUUCUUCUGAGGUCGUCCAUAACCUGCGGGGAGUGCAAAGAGAAGUGGGACAGAUCGGAAAAAGUUUGCAUUCUCUAUCUGAAGCCCAACCAAACAGUUGCAGAGUAUUUUUCCAUCAAGCAGCUCGAUAAGCCGUGCAAGUGCGGGGCAAGGACAAAAACCAUUGCAUCGUGUCUUUCGAAUAUUCCCACCAUUCUGGCAGUUCGUCUCAAACGGCCGGCUAAUUUCAUUCUGGGCGAGAAUGCAUGCCCUCAGAUAGAGAGGGAGCUGUGCAUUCCGUACAGAGAGUACGAGAGAAGAAGCGAUGCAGUGUCCGCACAGGAUGACUCGUCCACCUUUAAUGACACCAAUACUUCUGAUGAUGAGACUCUGAAAAGUGAUCUGAUUACGACAGAUCUCAUAUCACCCGAUGUUUUCAAGAAGAUGCAGACAUUUUUUAACCACAGCAGCGACUGCACACAAAAGAAAAAUGCACCCCCAAAGGAGAAAACAUCAUUUUUAACGUACAGACUGAAGACAUCAGUUGUCUACCAGAACAACAGCCAUGGUGGAUACUAUUUCACGCAAAUACUGGAUGAAAGAGAAUCUUCUAAGAGCGAUAAUAGUGGACUGGACAGUGUGCGCUGGGACACUUAUAUUGACGGCGAAAUCUUCAAAGCCCCUCUCUUCAAAGCAGAUGCAAUACUUCUGUUUUAUGUUCGCACCGAAAAUUAA